AUGGAAACUAGCAUCAAUGUCACAGAAUUUAUCCUGACAGGUCUGUCCCAGAACAAGGAGGUGCAGCAAGUAUGCUUCUUACUCUUCUUAUUUUUUUACACAGUCAUCAUCUUGGGGAACUUUCUUAUCAUCUUGACCAUCAUGAGCAGCCCAAAUCUCAGUUCUCCCAUGUACUUCUUCCUCAGUUUCUUAUCUUUUGUUGACAUUUGCUACUCUUCUGUCACUGCUCCAAAGCUUAUCUUGGACUUCCAAGCCAAGGUCAAGACCAUCUCCUUUGUAGGGUGCAUGACUCAGCUCUUUGGGGUCCAUUUCUUAGGCUGCACUGAGAUCUUCAUCCUCACAGUAAUGGCCUAUGACAGGUAUGUGGCCAUCUGUAAGCCCCUGCACUAUACAACUAUUAUGGACCAGAGGGUCUGCACCAUAUUGAUGGUGAGUUCUUGGGUGGGGGGCUUCAUUCAUUCUCUUAUACAGACCCUUCUCACUGUCUGGCUGCCCUUCUGUGGUCCCAACCUGAUUGAUCAUUACUUUUGUGAUGUCCAUCCCCUCUUGAAGCUGGCCUGCACCGACACUUAUGUGGUGGGCGUCAUUGUGGUGGCUAAUAGUGGCAUGAUAUCCUUGAGCUGCUUCAUCAUUCUUGUGGGCUCCUAUGCCGUCAUACUGCUCUCCCUCAGGACCCGCUCCUCAGAGGGGAGGCGGAAGGCCCUCUCCACCUGUGCUUCCCAUGUCAUUGUGGUAAUUUUGUUCUUUGCACCCUGCAUCUUCAUUUACAUGCGGCCCUCAACCACCUUCACAGAAGAUAAGAUGGUGGCUGUGUUCUAUACCAUCAUAACCCCCAUGUUGAACCCACUGAUCUAUACUCUGAGGAAUGCGGAUGUGAAGAAUGCCAUGAAGAAGUGGUGGCGCAAGAAAGUGAUGGGAGAGACAAGUACAAAACCCUAA